UGUUUUUUCAUGUUAGAUGGGCUGCACCAGAAUUAUGGAAAGAAAUGAGUUCAGAAAGAAGUGAAGGCUACAGUGGCAGUUCCAACCUUUCUUCUCAAGAGGACCUCAAGCAUGGAGAUAUAUUCUCUUUUGGAUUGGUUAUUGGCUUCAUGCACACUGGUGAAAAGCCAUGGAAUAAAUGGAAAACACUGAGUAUGGAUGAGCCAUCAUUGCCAGAAAAUGGAAAAUAUGAUCCAUAUAAAGAAAAUAUGCCCAUGCAGAAACUUGGUGGCCCAUUGAAAGAUGUUUAUGAUGUUUGUAGAAGAGAAAAACCUGAGGAACGCCCUGGGGCAGAGAAAUUGAUGAAAGACUAUUUCAGUAGUGACAAAAAUCCCUACCAGUCAGAGGCCCUCAAGGCAGAGUUUUUUGUUUGUGGAUUUCUCAAAGAUACCAAGAUAUUUGUGGCAGACUCUUUGGUUGAUGAGACUUCAGAGGGUUACUACCACAGGCGGUCAGAAAGACCUCAGGGUUACAAGAUGGAGUUUCUACAGUGCAAGAUAAUUUUGAAACCAAAUAAGCAGCCAAAUUGUGAUUUGCCACCUGAUUGGGUUGAAGAGCAAAGGGAAACUUAUAAAGCCAGCUAUAAGAAGUUUAAAAAACAAGCAAAGGAUAAAAUUAUUGAUGACAAUACUAUCAUUGCCCUUAAGAAGCUUGUAACAGACAGGGCAGGUGAGGAAGAAGAUCAAAAAGUUGAAAUGGAGUUUGCUGAGACUACUUAUGUUCACCACCGAGCAAUGCGUGAAAUGUGGAGUGCCUUGACAGAGCAUCAGCGGAGUGAGCUUGUUUCCUGUAAGGGGAUUGUGGAACCCUACUACAGCACUUCAUUUGGACUUCAUGUAGCCGUGCUGACCAAUGAGGGCCCAGGAAAACCUCAGAAAUUUAUUUUUCCACAAAGGUCAAGAAGACCAGGCAUGGCGAGCCCUGGAGCUUUUACUUGUGGAGCUGUUGAAAGUUGUUCAGUGAAGGAUUACAUCGACCCACAUGCCGACCCUCUGUAUCUGUCUUUAAUCAGUACAGCAGCAAGAGGUCUGGAAGAAGAACUAAGAGUUGAGCUGAGGGGUGGAGACUUAGAAGCAAUUUGUCUCAGUACCAUUUAUCUUAAAUACGACACUCAUGAAUGGGGCAUCUGCGGCUUUGUCGACUUGACAGACGAACGUAUCUCAGAGGACCACAGACUUAGCUACAAUCAGCUCAAGUCAAGAUUUACGGCAGGACCCAAGGAUAAGUUUGAGCAUGAAACAGUCCAUGCUGUGGAUUUUGAGUUGGAACCAAUGGUGGAUUUUGUUCGCGAACAUUACCAGACCUUUGCAAGCUCAGCCAAGCUUGUGGUUGUCAAAGUUAUGCAGACCUUCUUUGGAGUACAUGAAGUUGAACGUGCAUUCCAAGCAAGAGACAUGUAAACAGACAGAGUUAAAGAAAUAUUUGCUGGCACAAGAAAACUGUGAUGCUUGUAUAUAAUCACUUUUAUGCACGCUUUUCUAAGCUUUCACAAUUAGAUGUAAACAUUUAAUUACACUUUCAUUAACUGAGAUUCUGUACUGUUGUUUAUGUUUAACAGAGGGAUUUAGACCUUUAAGGUUGUUAUGGAUGUAUAUAAAUAUAUUUGACAAUAUGUGUAUAUAUUUGACAAUCUUUCAAUAGUAAUUAAGCAAAGGAUAUGCAAAUAAUUCAUUAAAAUCACAAGAUAAACCUAGCCACCUUGGAACACUGACGUGAUAAUGUGUAAAUACUAAAUAGAAGACCAUGUUGUAGAUGGGCAUGAGAGCAUUAGAGAAGACAAUCAAGCAAUUGGGGUCAGGUAUGGCAGAAAUAGAAUGGAAUAAUAGGGGAUAAGUGCACCAGAGAAGACCAUGGAGCAAUUGGGGAUGAGUUUGACAUGGAAGUCAAUAAAGAAACUGGGCAUUAGUGACAUUAGUGUGCCAGAGAGGUGGACACCUGGGGAUGAGUGCUCCAGAGAAGAUGGUGGAGCAAUUGGGGAUAAAUGUGCUAGAGAACAUAAUGGUUCUACUAGAGAUGAGCACACUAGAGAAGAAAAUGGGGCAACUGGGGAAAAGAUAGUUGACUGCAUGUGCUACCCUUUAUCAGGGCCACUAGUUCAUUUCUGGCUUUCCUUUGGGUGCACAUCUGUCCUGUCUAUCUAGAAUUUUAACAAAACUACAUCAUCACCUCAGGUAGAAAUUGAGUGGCAUUAUGCACCUUUAUCUCGUAUAUUGUAGCAAAAGAACAGGAUUUUUGGAAAUUAUUGAUAAUCUGAUGUUUUGUAAGGGAUGCAAUGAAGUCAUGUAGUUCUAGCCUUAUCAUGUGAGAUUAGAUCAUAUUUGAUAUUGUAAUGUGGUGCCCCCGGUGAUGCUGCGCCUUUGCUCAGUGAGUGAGUUAGUUAGUUAUAUAUAUCUACUACUAUAUGGCAAAUUGCGUGGCUUUAGCCUUAUCAUAUAUAUAAGUAAUAUAUAAAAAUAAUUUAUUAGUUCUAGACCUUUUUACAAAGGCUCGUUUACUAAUUGGUUUCAAAAGUAGAAAAAUGACAUACAUGUAAGUUAAUAACAUAUUCAUUGCAUAUACUUUUAUAUAAUUUAAUCCUUCACAACCAGUGGUCUAUUUUCAUUACUGAUAAAUGUAAGAUGUGUAGUGUUUACAGAGUGAAAAAUACCAACGCUAUUCAACAUACUCUUAGACAUAGGUAGGCUAUUCAUCAAACAGCUUUGAAAUGUACAAUGACCUGUAUUACUACAUGUAUAUGUAUGAUGCAACAACAUAUUGGAUAUUUGUAAUGUGGCACUCCUCUGUGAUGCUGCUUUUAGUCAUGUCAUGUGAGUCUAUGCCAUAUGGAUGUUGUAAUUAUCGUAUUGGAGAGAUAUUAAUUUAGAGUAUACAUGUAUAAUAAGAAUAAAAAGGACUGGUAGUGGGUAGAUAGAGGGAC